UUUCAUCUCCUGUUGUCAUGGUGUCCUGUGUGUCCAUUAGUCGUCAUUUAGUCGUCUAAUUAUUUUUCCUGAAAAGUCGCUGGAUUUCCUUGAUUCGUUUUCACUUUCCAGCUGGCAGUACAAGCUAAAAAAACUUGAAGUAAACCUGGCUUGUUGACAAUUUUUGAUUAUAGUUGUUCGUGUUACUUCAACAGUUAUCGUCAUGUCCAGCGGGAAAAAUACUCGUCGACCGUUAACUCCAACUCGGCGGAGGAAGGUUAUUCAAUUUCUUCAAGCAAAUCAAGAGAUGUUGGACAAUAUGAAUGACCAGGAUCUUGUAACUGCGCUAUCGGAUCAUAUUCAAAAAUCCGAUCACUGGAUUCAGCAUUCUGAUGUGGAACAUUGGUGGAACCAACAUGGAGUAGAAUUGUUACAGGAGGCUCGUCGUAGCCCAUCGCCCAAGCAGCAAGCAAAUCAGCAAGCAAUUGUCCAGCAGUCUAGUAGUGAAGCCAUGUCACUUUCAUCUGGUUUAUCUGAAGUUACUGUUGUCCCUACCCUAGAGGUCAACACAAUCUUGAUUAACUCUGGGGGAACGAUUUUUAGAAUCCCAAUCCAUUCCAAUACGCACCUUGUACUCGACACAAAUGAUAACGGGGAAGCAUUUGCGGAAAUCACUAGUCGUGAUUCAAAAGCUAUUCCAGGAAAAAACAAGGCGGCCAUAAAAAAGAGUUCGAAACUGAACCAACUCGUCCCGUUCAAUAAGGGUUAGGUUAAUCGAACUUGGUUUAUAUUCUAAGCUGAUCUCAAUUAUUAUUCCUGUUCCUUAUCCAUAUUAAAUUUUGUUGAAUUCCUUGGAUUUAUGUAAUUUCCUUGGUGCCGAGAAUUUGCUAUUAAGUAGCACGUAAUAAUGUGCUAUUAUUAAUAAUGCCAUUUAAAUAUAUUAAUUAUAAUAUAUUAAUUUAAAUAUAUUAAUUAUAGACAUAGUAUAGAGUUUAAACGUAUGUAUCGUAUGUAUGUUAAUAUAAUUGAACAUUUAAUAUUUCCGUUC